GCACCAUCGACCAUGCGGCGCAAUUCCACGGUCACGCGAAGAGGCUACGCGAUUAAGAAUAUGAAGCGACCACACGGGGGGCGACGGGGUAAAGGCGUACCCCCCUCGGUUGCCUUGUGCUGCUGCUGGCUGCUUCAGCUGCUGCUGCAGAGCCUGCUCUAUUUCCACUCCCCUCUCUUGACCCCCUGCCAGAUCAAUCGAACCACUCCGAUCAACCAUGAAGGCGUGCGCUUUCGUAGCUGCCCUGGUAGCUUGCGCAACCAAGUCGCUGGCUUUCGUGGCCCCGCUUCAAUCAUCCACCCUCACCUUCUCCAGCCCCCGCUCAAGCCUUGCGGUUGCAGCAACAGCAACAUCACCAGCGCCGGCGGCACGGCAAGGCGUGUCGGGCGUCUCGAUGAAGCGCAAGGGCAAGCCGAACACGAACAUCGCGCAACGAGGGAGCUUCAACCAGAUGCAGCAACAGGACAUGCAAUAUCAGGAGCAGCGAAAGGCGAUGCAGUCGGGGAUGCCAUCUUUCCAGAUCUACGUGCGAACGAAGGUCAACAACAUGUGGUACCCGUGCGGGCUGAUGCAGGGAGACGACAAGGCAAAGGCCACGGUUGACGCGAUGAUGUCGGGUCUGCUGAAGGACGUCUCGAAGUACUCGCUGGAGAAGGGGGUCGCCUCGAGCGUGCUGGCGAACCGAAAGGACCUCGUCCGACAGGUCACCACGGCGUAUCCUCAGAUCGCUGGAAAGGAGCUGACCUUUGGGUUCAAGAUCAUCUACGCUGACUUGGAGGCGAAAAUGGGCAAGCAGGAGGUGACGGAGAUCACUAAGGACAUGACCUUGGGCCCUCUGGAUGCCUUCAAGAAGAAAAUGGGGUUCUAAGAGGCCGAGGGGGUUCUGGUCGCCUUUUUUUUGGCUUGCCCUCUGCACCGGUGACGGGAUAGGAGCACCUCGCCUGACCACGGCGCGGAUCGGAUCGAAGACAGAGGUUUAACUGCACGCCGCAUGGAUCCACCAUUUUGCAAUAUAGAUUUCGGCGAGUGGUAGGGGCGGGUGCAUGUGCUGCGAUGGGCUACCCAAGCGUCUCACAUGUUUCCAUUGCUCGCUGGCCGGCGGCCGGCGUUUGAGAGCUCCUUGAUUUGAAAUUUGACUGAUUAGUUGGACGGCUGUCUGCAGCUGCUGCAAAUGUAGUGGUCCGGGAUUCGCUGAGUGUGAUGGAACUGAAUACCGGCCCUGUCGAGCGUGCGUGUGCAGCAUUUUCUUCAUUCGCGAUGCUUAAGAAACGGAAGAUGUAUCUAUUUUCCUGACACGUGCGACGAAGGCGCCAGCCGUGGGUUCAAGAGGUACAGAUCGAUUUCACUUGCUCGGGGUACCUUAAGCAUAAGAAGAGUACCAGAUAUGUAGUUGCGUGGCCCUUGUACCAGUACGAGCACAGCGCGGGACGCCGAACUCCGGGCUUACGAAGCUUGCUCGGACACCAUGAAUGGUGACGACGAUGUCGCCGCAGACUCCUUGCUGCCCGUAAAUGUAAUGAGUAGGUGAAGUCGCGCACUGCUUUUGUGGGCGACUAUUUCAUUAUUUCCGGCUACUUGUUGUUGCCCUGGUGUGUACGAUGAUGUCGCCGGUUUGCCGUGGGGCCCCGUGCCCGAAGCGUUUUGCCAGCCUCUACAUAGAUGCUUACCAUUGUGUGGUUGCCCUCUGAUAUCGUUCCGAGAACAGACUAGAGAUGAAUUCGUGCCUCAAGUAUUUGUGUUUGUGAGAUUUACUGCCCCAGAGUCUGGCUCAAGAUGGUGGCGGUGUAGAAAAUGGAAACAAGCGCUUAGUGCCUGAUUGACCCAGCCGCAUCUCAGGAAGAACAAGCAGCCUGUGAAACCCUUGCCGUUGCAAACAAAUUGGAGGUGCAGACGUGACAUAAGAUACCAUACCCCCAGGACCGAAUCCUCAGAGCUCGACUUGUUGUGGUACACACUGCACUGCUGUCACUUGACGACGGAGCGAAUAAUGCAAGACG